AUGGCAUUACCACAAAAUGAGAUUGUCUUUAGGGGCCAUGUAGGUAAGUUUGAACAAAAAGAAGGAGAUGGAGAAGAAACAUUCAAGGGAAGACAGGCAUUGGAAUAUUAUAUUGGCAAUUUUAAAAGAGAUGCAUACAAUGGACACGCUAACUAUUUCGCUAAUUCGAUAAAACGUGGUUUGUGGGCUUAUAGUGGCAACUUCUGUUCCAACAGUAUCGAAGGAUAUGGGGCUAUGUCUUAUGGUGAUGCCACUUACUUUGCUGGCCUAUUUAAAGAUGACAAACCAUUUGGUCCUGGUGUUUUAACAUACGCAAAUGGCAAACAGGAUGUUGGUAUAUGGCAUGGCUCUCAGCUAUAUAGACUUUGUACAACAGUUGGUUACAUUGAAAAACUUACCAACUCAUCACGAGACAGGCUUCAAGUUACAAAAUUCAAAAAGUUAAUCGCAAUAAAUGAGCCUCCAAGAGACAUAGCUACAGCAAUACUGAGGUCAUUUGGGAGCAGUGAUGACGAGAUUGAUCCAUCAAUUUUGUACUCACGAUUUUGUAAAGAUCCUAGAAGUUAUUUAUAUGACCAUAAUUAUUUUGCUAAUGAGUUGGAUGACCUCAAAGAAGUAGAAGAGUCUUUAAAAGAAGAGAAAUUUGGAGUUAAUCAAGCCGAUACCAAUACACUAGCAACAAAGUUUGUAAAUACUAAAAUAGUUGAAUUAAAAAAUAACAAUUCUGAAGAAAUACAAGAUUUUGAAGAUUAUAAUGGAAAACAUCAUCCGACCAAGUCAAAGUUUCAUCAGGAUAUUUAUAUUCUAUCCUGGAACAACACUCCUAAAGUCAUUAAUGUCAUGAAGCACUCAUUCAAAUAUCGUAAGCAGGAGGAAACAUCGGAUUAUGAUAUUGGUAAUAUCCUGUGUGGAAGAAGAAAACUAUUCAGAUUGAGAGGCCCUAAAGAAACUGCUAGUAUAAAAGUUUUGGAAGCAAGCGGCUGUAAUGAUGCGUUAACAAUUUUAAAACUAUUAAACCGACACAUGCUCAACAUAGAUCUCAUGGACAACAAAGGAAACUCAAUGUUUCUGAGAGCAGCUGCAAAUGAUGCAAAUGAAGUGAUGCAGUUGUUGCACCUCCUUGGUGCUGAUAUAGAUGCAGUUAAUGAUGAAGGCUUUAGCCCAUUGACACAUACCUUGUCUAGAUACAUUGCAUUAAAAUAUGAUGUGCAAAACUGGAGCCAUGGUUUCUUACCGAGGAGGCUAAAGAAUGAGGAUACUGAAGAUUAUGAAGAACAUUGGUUAGAGGAAUGCAUGUUGAGCAAUUAUUCUGUAAAUCAAGGUAGCAUACUGUCAGUAAUGCAACAAACAACCUCAAAAGGAAAAAAAAAUAAAAAAAUUGGUAGAGGUACUUUCAGGGUAUCAAGAGCUUCACGACGCUACACAUCUGUAUAUUCACUGCCAACUUCAGAAUAUAUUUUUGAGCUUUCCCCAGAACCACGGAUUCCACAAAUGAAGAGAGAAAGCAUGGUACAAGAAGACCAAAGCGAGAAAAAGAAAAAGUUGGAAAUUAUUAAAAAUACUGCAUUUUAUCUUCUUGACAUUGGAUCAGACAUACAUGUUUCUGUAACCCCCAUGCCUCUUAUGAUUCUUGCUAUAUUUAGCGGAAACUUGGAAAUAGUUGAAAAACUUCUCAAAUGCGGAGCAGAUGCUAAUGAAGUUCAUAAUAUGAAUAAUGGACAAAUGACAGCCCUCCACAUCAUAGCACAAGCCAGACCUCUGCCUAUGUACCCUGCAAUGGUAAAUCUGUUCCUUCGCUAUGGAGCAGAUUCCAAUGUUCGAACUUCAGUAAACUACAACAUGCCGGAAUGGGAAUAUCUUCUAGAAUUUGUGAAGUUAUCACAUUCAGUAGUGCCAGGAUUAACUCCUCUUCAAAUCCUUGCCAUUCGUUCUGACGCUACAUAUGUAACCAAUAAAGAGUAUUUAGAACAAAUUUGCUGCUUAUUGUCAUGGUUCAGUAAUCACAACGAACUUUUCUUGGGUUUGAGCCCCCUUGGUCUGGCUAUCUCAAAAGGGAACAACAAUAUUGUUUCAACGAUGCUUAACUGCUCUAAAAUAGAUGUGAAUGCUACAUUUGACACUUUUUGGGGGAAUCCCCUCUUCACAUACUUAAGGUGCCAUGCACUCAAAGAUGAUCCUAUAAUAUUAGAUAUUUUACGAACUCUGAUUUUAAAGGGAGUGAAUCCAUUGGAAAUAAGUUAUACCAAUCGAGGCAGGGGCAAUGCACUCAACUUUUUACUCCAGUUAAGAGACAGGAAAAUGACUAAGUGGACAAAGUGGACAAUUUACGGCUUGCCUCAAACUUCUAGUAAUGAUUACAACUUGAAAAACCAUGAGCAGAUACUGAUGGAACUGGCAAAAUUAUACCUGCGGAAGUAUAUCAGAGGUCUUCUUAUCAGAUUGCAUUUGAAGUUUCUUAAUAGCAUGGAUGCAGAAAGAGACAACUACCUCCGACAGAUGCAUUAUCUCAAUAGACGGCGACAAUCUUCUGUGACAGUAGAAAGUGGUCUGAGUGCUGGUGUAGAAAAAUCUGAUUAUGGUUAUGCUGAAAUAUGUGAAAGAACAAAAGAAUGGAUGAAUUCUGUUGAGGAGUGCAAGGAUAUAAUGGAAAAAGCAAUAGACAAUAUGGGUGAUAGCUGUAGCCCAGUGCAAGCUAUACGGCUUCUAUCAUUGCUUCCCAACUUGAUCAUAACACCAAAAAAGUCUGAAAUGAAAAACCUUAAGAUAACUAAGUUUCUUGAGGGAAAACUUCUUCCAGAUUUUAGGAAUUGUAAAAUAGAAGAUCAAUUUUCUCUUGAAUCACAAGAUGAUGUUGAGAAUGAAGAAAAGGAAGAAGAAAACUUAAAAUGGAUACGUCAUUUUGUAAAAGUGUAUAAUAAUGGUGUUUAUGUUUAUCCAGAAAUGGAAAAAAAAAAUUCCAAAUACAUUGUUUGUUAUAAAUGCCUAAAACAAUCAGCCAUCGCACAAGCUUGUCCUAUUUGUAGGCUUGUGUAUUUUUGUUCAAUGAGAUGUAAUUUAGCUGAUUCAAGGAAACCUGACCCAUACCACCGCUGUUCACUUGUUUUCUGGAACUUGAAACAAGGACAGUUCUUUGCUUUAAAGAAAACCCCCGGCUCAACUGAAAAAUUAAUCAAUAAAAAACCCAUAGAGAAAAAAGAGAAAUCUGAUAAAAAAUUAAAAUCUGUUUCUGAACAUUCUGUCAUAAGUGUGGUACCAAGUAUGGACUACAAUAAGGAAUGGCCUAGGCGUAAAAAAAAGCAAGCUUUAUCUGAUGAUGAUUUUAAUUGGGAAAAAAAGAAACUUAGGAAAAGUAGAGACCAUAAAAAAUUUAAGAGUAAACGUGACAAAGUUAAAUUUAGAGCAGCAAAAAGAAAAGGUAGAGGUAAAAGCAGGAUGAUGAAGCUCUCAGGUCCAUUUAGUCCUCAGUUCAGGUUUGGUCAUGCAUCUGUAUCUGAUGAAGGAUCUGAAUUUGACUUCUUUGGCUUAAUGGAAAGAGAUCGGAUAUUUGAUAAAAUAUCUGCGAAAAAUAAUGUUGAAAUGGCAGCCAAGCUUUUGGAGAAACAGUCAUAUUUAUUAGAACAAAAAAGACUAGAAACAGAAAGAUUAAAAGAAACCCAAGAUAGUGUAGAUACGAACUGCCUUGGAGAAAUAGCUCCUCCUGAAGAAUAUUGGGAAAAGGAUGAUGAGCAUGGGGAGGGUAAGAAGCAACAUACAUCACAAAAUAGAUUCAUGGCAUUUUUGAAAAUGUUAGAGCAUAGAUAUGAAGGCUUCGACUUAGAAAAAUACUUACCAUAUAUUGUUUUCGUGGAUGGGGUAAUGUAUUACAAGUUUUAUGGUACAAAAACAAAGUAUAAAGAAAAUUACAGUUAUAAUUAA